AUGAAUUAUGCUCCAUCAAGUCUACAAUUAAAUUAUGUUAACUAUGGUUUUAAAAUUGAAGGCACAUACACAGCUAUCGAUGAUCCAUCACAUGUUCAGAAACAAUCAGAUGGAGCUUGGAAAUUCAAACUACAGAAAAAAAUCAGAGUCAUAUUAACAAUGGCAACAACACAACAACAAUAUCAUAUAGCAUUAGUUGACUAUUUACCAGCUAAUUUAACAAGUUCAAAACGAAAUUACCAUUAUGAUGAAUAUCGACCACGUUCAACUAUUGGUUGGACUGAACAUGAAAACUUCAGAGAUGAACGUGCUGAAGCAUUUCGAUCAUUAUUAUGGUCUGGUGUAUAUGAAUGGAGUUAUGCAAUGCGUGCAACAUUUGCUGGAACAUUUAUCAUUCUACCAGCUAAAGCUGAAGAAAUGUAUUCGCUCGAAAACUUUGGUCGAUGUGCAACAGAAAAAGUUAUCAUUGAAUAA